GGCGCCUUUUCCGAUGGACAGACACACGGAGGACCGGACCGGCUGCCUCCUCGGCGGCGACUGCGACACCCGAACGGUCACCGGACGGCACCGACGAGACCCGACGAGGGGAGGGGAGGGCGAGGAGGUGGAGGUGGAGGACCGGAGGCCUUCUCCCUGACAAAAAUAUUUAAGAAGGAGCAAGAGGAGGAGGAGGAGGAGGAGCAGAGGGGACGCGGACGCAUGCAGCAGCAGCAGCAGCAGCAGCAGCAGCCGCCGGCACGGAGCGCGUCGUCCAGGGGGAAGAAAUCACCACCGCCGCUCCGAGGUGACAAAGUCCCAGUGAAGCAGAGAGAGAGAGAGAGAGAGAUGUCGCAGAAGAAGAUAUUCCUGGUGUUCGUCGCCAUCAGCACCGUCAGUCUCCUCCUGCACCACGGGGGCCACUUGAGCUGGACCAUGGAGGCCUUCCACCUCGGCUGUCCCGCCCUCCGCUCCCACCCCGCCCCGGGCUUGAAGCCCAAACACACCAACGUGGCCUUCCUCAAGACCCACAAGACGGCCAGCACCACCAUGCAGAACCUGCUGUUCCGCUUCGCCGAGCGCAACAACGCGACGGUGGCGCUGCCCGUGCAGGCCUGCAGCCACCAGUUCUGCUACCCGCGCCCCUUCACCUCCCACUUCGUCCACCCGCACACGCUGCCGCCGAACAUCAUCACCAGCCACAUGCGCUUCAACAAGGCGGAGCUGCAGCGCCUGAUGCCCAACGACACGGUGUACGUCACAAUACUGAGAGAGCCCGGCUCCAUGUUCGAAUCCCUGUUCAGCUACUACAACCAGUACUGUCAGAGCUUCAAGAGGGUCCCCAACGGCUCCCUGGAGGCUUUCCUAGAGGAGCCCUGGCGUUACUACCGGCCAGACGAAAAGGACUCCAUGUACGCGCGCAACACCUUGACCUUCGACCUGGGCGGAGACAAGGAUCGGCCGGCGACAGACGUGGCGUACGCCCGGGCCUUUGUGGCGGAGGUGGAGCGAGUUUUCUCCCUGGUGAUGAUUGCCGAGUACUUUGACGAGUCGCUGGUUCUCCUUCGCCAUCUCCUCUCCUGGGACCUGGAUGACAUCCUCUAUGUCAAGCUCAACAUGCGGACCCCGAGCUCAAAGCGGAACCUGACGCCGGGCCUCCCCGCAAAGAUCCGCGCCUGGAAUUCCUUGGACGCGCGGCUCUACGACCACUUCAACGCCUCGCUGUGGCGCCAGCUGUCGGCGCUGGGCCCGGCCUGCGUGGCGAGGGAGGUGCGGCUCCUUCGGCGAGCCCAGGAGAGGCUGAUGAAGAGCUGCUUUGGCGGGCGGAUGCCGCUUCUCCGCUCGGCAGCUCAGAUCAAGAACAAGGAUCUGCGCCCCUGGCAGCCGAGCGGGAAAGUCGACAUCGUGGGGUACGACCUUCCGGGGAACCUCAGCCGCGGGCUCUCCAACCAGGCCCAGGAGCUCUGCCUCAAGCUCAUCAUGCCCGAGGUCCAGUACACGCGGGUCCUCCUGCGCACGCAGUCACUGCGUUACCGGCGAGGCUUCCAGAUUCGGCCUGCGCAACAGUCGCGUCCUCUCCAGCAGCCCUCGCGCACGGCCCUGCCUCGGCAUCCCCAAGUGCACCACAGUCAACAGCCCGCCGCAGCCGCAGGAACGGGGACAACCUCCACCUCAAAGCCUGCUGCAGGAACACAAAGUCGAACCACAAAUUUAGGGUCUACAUCCUUGCAAACCCAGGCCUCAUAGUCUGGAAGAUAGAGACGUGAGUAUAAUGUGGGAGCCCAACAGACUGCAUUGUUCUACCCCAUCCUGAUCCACCAGACGAUGAUUGGCCGUUGGGAGCGGGGGCUGGUUGAAAUCAAGGGCACCCUUGGGAAAAGUCUGGGUUGCUCUUGAAUCCUCGUCUCUCCUGCGCCCUGAAUGAGGAAAAAUAGGGGAUUUGGACAUUUCCUGGACUUGAACUUGAAUCUCUCCUGGCCUGCGUAACCGAACCAGGCGUUGGCCGACACGAGGGCCGGAGAGGUCCCCUCUUCACGCCAAAACCAGGGGCGGACGGGAGAGGGGGAGAGGGGAAGGUGGUCCCUUUGAAGCAAAUCUGUGUGGCGCAAACCGGGACUCAGUGGAGAAGUGGCGAUAGCAGGCCCAUUGUGAGGCACAGAGUGGGCUUUGUGUGCACCACACUGGCACAGUAUCGAGUUACUCAGCUUUCGUUCUCUCCUUCUCAAAACUCCUUUUUUUUCGGUCUCUCUCCCUAACAUAUGCCACUUUGAGUCCUCGAGAGAGAGAGAGAGAGAGAGAGAGAGAGAGAGAGAGAGAGAGAGAUUGGGAGAGAGAGAGACAUAAUGACAUAAAGGGAUCAGCUGUCAGGUCUCCAAAGAGCCUCCGCAGGGGCCGGACAAGACACCGAGACAACCGGCAACCAUUAGCACAACAGCACAAUAAACGACUCUUCUCUUCUUCUUCUUCUCUUGCAAACCACAGACCCUGAAGUGACAGAGGGACGGGAGUUAAAGGACAGACGUGAUGGAGGGCGAGGCUCAGUUUGGCCAAACGGCGAGCGCUGUGACUCGCGGAGAAACGGUUCACGCAGUAGCGCCCGUGACUCUUCAGCCUUCACUUAGACCUCCCUUCCCUUCCUCUCUCCGUCCCCUCAUCCCUGCUGCAACCCCCCGGUCCCACUCUCCGUCCAGAGAGCAGCCGCGAUGACGCCUCGCUUUCUUCCCCCCUGGUUGACUUCCGGUCGCGUCCCCCCCCGCACCUCGCCGGACCACCAGCUCGGAUCUCACCUCGCGUCGCAGGAACUUUGCGUCGAAGGCGAGGCGGUGUGGGAUUUUGAUCUUCUCGCAAUAAGGUCUCAUAGGCCUGCGCUCUACACUAAAGGCGUGGACGUCGACAACCCACCAGCAGACCCCAUCGCACCGCGCGCCCGCACACACCGUGGCACAAACACAAACGUAAAACACAACUCGACAGGACAAAGACUCGGAAGCCUGUGGGUGUUUGAAUAUUUAAUCGUCUAGUGUCGCAGCCCUCCUAUGGCCCACGCGGGCUUGGGUUACACGGCCUUACAUUUCCAUUAAGGACAGCCUGGACCAGGGGAAAGCUGCUCAUUUUUAAAACCCAGAAGCGCAGGAGGAGGAGGAGGACGACGACGACGAGCAGGCCUGGGGUCGAGCCGGAUCGAUGGGGGAAUCUCCAUCUUGAGGCAUUCCGCUCAUAUUCAAUGUGUCAUGUAUGUUCUUUUAUCCCUCCGGUGAUCAGCAGGGUGCUGCUAAGUGAUGGGUGGGUGGAGGAAAGGAUGUAUGUGUGUGUGUGUGUGUGUGUGUGUGUGUGUGUGUGUGUGUGUGUGUGUGUGUGUGUGUGUGUGUGUGUGUGUGUGUGUGUGUGUGUGUGUGUGUGAGAGAGUGAGGGACGUUCCAUUUUCUCUCCAUUUGUUGGCAUGGCAACGAAUGGAAAUCAUGUGCGCGAGCGUUAUUAAAACUAUGUAUUAUUUAUUAUCGGGACUUAAAGAGUCCCAUUACUGUAUUUUUACCUGUUAUUUUUCAUGAAUCGUCGGAUUUAAAAAAAAAAAUUGUGCUUUUCCGUCCACUCUGAGGACCGUCGUGGGUUCAGCACAUGACCUCAGGCGACGGAGCGCAAGGCGUGUGGCAAACAGUAUGAAAUAUUAAUGUCCGUACCACGUUUUGCAUAAUGCAAAACUACAGAGGCCACUUCGGCAAACCGCACGUUGAAACAAGCGAAGUCGCUUUUCGAAAUGAAUGUUUCCCCCCGCAGUGCUUGGAGUGCUGCGACCACACGCGGCUUCUGUGGCGGGAGCGCGUCGCGCCGUAGCUUAACGGCAAUGAAAAACACACAAACCGCCGCUGCUCCGGCGGGAAGGAGAGAGAGGGGAAAAAAAAGGUGGAGCGGGUUGGAAAAACAAGAAACCGCGCAGCAGAAGAUGCACAGUUUUAAAACGGAGUGGCUCCCGAUACCUGAACUCAAAGUGAGGUCACCUGAGGGCACGACAUGCACAGUUGGAGUUUAUUUAUUUCAUAUUUUUGGGACGUUUGCGUUCGGACGGGCGUUCGAUUGCUUGAAGACACACACACUGUAAAAGAGACCACGCGUUGGCUCAGCGCACGUUAAAGGAUAAGGUCGUCUUUUUUUCCUCAAAUAAGCCGCACACUUUAAAUGAACAUUCUUAAUGGCUUUAGAUAAGUUCUCAGUAAAUUUAAAGAUUAAAUUGCGCAUUUUGUUGAGGAAUAUUUCCAGCUGUGGAUGAAUAUAGUUUAUAUAGUUUACCCAAUCCAUUUUCCAUCUCAAAUGACUCUUCUUUUCACAAUAACAAGGUUUAUCGCAGGUUUUCUUUUAUUUCAUUCCGUUAUGUUUGUUCUAUAUCAAAAUGUCCCUUUUUUUUUAAGUCCUUUUAUUUCAUAUUUAUUUCUCUCUUCGCGAUCGGCUGCUGCUUUUGGGGGGGGGGCAUUUUGUAAUAAAAAUAAAACUGUAGGACUGAAAUUGAAAUGACCAGAAAUAAAACUCAAACGCUAAUGUGAAGAAGAAGAAGAAGCAGAAGAAGAGGAAGGAAAUGAAAUAAUGUUUGAAUUGUAAAGAUUUACCAGGUAGCUACGCGACUUCAGGAGAUUUGCAAAAAGUCUUCAUUCAUAUAUAUUUCACUUGCAACGCGUUGGGUUCUCCAUUAGCGCUGCGGCGAGGAAGCUGCAAUUGAUUAAUAAACCUUUUGACCUGAUUUACUUCUUCCUUCUUUCUUAUGGACCACAGCAGGGGGAGGUCACGAGGUACAGCUCAUCACUCGCCGGCCGAGCACACGGUCAUAAGCCGAUGCUCCAAAGCGUUCGGAUGAAGAGAAAUAGGUACAGCAUUUGCAAAAUGCUUUGCCCUCUCGUGCGUGCGCGUGCGUGCGUGCGUGUGUGUGUGUGUGUGUGUGUGUGUGUGUUCCCCUGGCUGACCAAGUGCUCUUUUUAAAUUUCUUUUUGGGGGGGCGGGGGUCCGCAAAAGCUUUACUAAACGACGGGUUGGCGAACGUGACGAAUAAAGUUUGAAUGUUCUCAAAUC